AUGCUGACUAGAGAAAGUGUAUAAUCUAAUAAUCUUUCAAGUAAAAUAGCUUUUAGUCCUUCACGAUACACAUCUCCCUCUAUUGACAAUCUAAUAAAAAAAUAAAUUUAAGAUCUUAGAGAUAGAAUAAACAAUUACAAGGUGCUCGCUCAUUUGAGAGAAUCAGGAGCAGGUAUAAGUUCUAGAGAUUUGCCAGAUCAUGCUGACAUCAUAAUUUUUGGACCAACUGGAUCAGGUAAGAGCUCUCUGAUUAGAACAUUCUAUCGAGCAUUGCACAACACAAAGGAAUUAGGUGAUGAUAUAUAGGAAAAGCUUAGUAUCAAAUAAAAAGAUGAGAAUGAAGGCACAACAGAAUUCACAGCUGUUGUCAUAAAGAAGCAGACAAAGAUAGAUGAGGAGUAUAAGAAAAAUUAAAUAAGAAUUACUACUGGCAAUCAGACUAUCAAUGACGAUGAGUUUGAAGAGUAGUAUCGCAAGAUUAGGAAUAAGGGAAAGAGGUCAAAAGAUACAGAGCUAAGUAGUAAAAUUAUAGCUCACGAUACUCGAGGGUAAAUAUGGAUGGACGAAAGAGAAAUGAGGUAACUUCAUAUACUGAUAAAAGGAAAAGUAAAAGAUAAGACUAAGGUAGAGUAGAGAAACUACAGAUAUGCAUAUCUACUUUGGGAAUUUUGGAAAAGAGAUCAGGAUUUAUUCCCAAACACUAUCCUUUAAAAGGGAAAAUCUAUUAAGAGGAAACCCCAUUCUCUGAUAUUUGUAUUUGAUGGCUCAAUGGAUGAGAUACCUAACGGAGAGGAAGAGACUAAGUUCUAUAAAGAUAUUAUUCAGAUGGCUAGAAGAAGAAAGUACGUCUACCCACAAAUAGUUCUGACUUGUGUUGAUAAGAUUGAAGAUAAACUAGUUGAGGAGGAAGAACUGAAAACAGGCUAGCAACUAGAUUUCUUUGAAAAAGAGUAAAAAUUAAGAGAAAUUAUGGACUAUAAAGAAGAAAAAGUAGUAUUAAAUCUUGGCAUACAAAGGUCCAGCGUACAUUUUAUAGAAAACUAUAAAACUAAGGAUGAAGAAUAGAAGAUAAGAAUAGAUUAUAAGGCAUUGAGAUUAUUGCAUGAAUGUGUCCAACAAUCAGAUUCAUACAUAUAAAGCAACAUUCAAGAAAAAAACAAAUGCUUAAUUUUCUGA